GAGAGGAACCCUACUGAACGACCCCCCAAGACACACACAUCUCUGUGACACUACACAAAAACUAGGUAAACACAGACUUUUACUACAGGAAUUUCCGUUCUACAAACACAAAGGACUGUUGGAGCAUCUCUAUAUUAAGCCUCUUUAGAACUAUCCAAUUUUUUAAAAAAAUGGACAGCCGAAUUCAAAUGAAGUCAAAGCUCUUUAGUUACAUUCUUGUACUUUAUUUUGGUGCUUGCUGUGGUGGGAAGGACUGCACAGGUGUAGACUGCCCAGUUCUGCAUAACUGCUUAGAGGAGGUUUUAGAGACAGGUGCAUGCUGUGCCACGUGUCUGCAGUGGGGCUGCACUUGUGAGGGCUAUCAGUAUUAUGACUGCAUCAGCGCAGGUUUCAAAAACGGGAAAGUACCAGAAGGAGAGUCCUACUUUGUUGAUUUUGGAAGUACAGAAUGCUCUUGUCCGCAAGGCGGUGGGAAAAUUGGCUGCCGCUUCAUUCCGUGUCCGGAAAUUCCUCUAAAUUGCAUCGAGACAUCUCAACGUGCCGACAGUUGUUCGCAGUGCGAGAAAAUUGGAUGUGUCCAUAGAAAUCAGAAGUACCAAGCUGGUCACUCGUUUCGGUUGGAUCCUUGUCAGGUCUGCCACUGCCCGAGUGAUGGAGGGGAAUUAAUGUGCUCCCCUAUACCGGGCUGUGAUGUCCGGACCAUCAACAAACCCAUGCACACCUCUACGGAAGACCCUGUUUCGAAGAGACACCUUAAUAUCAUUCAUGGCGACAAACAAAUAGCUUCCACUAAUUCAGGACACAAAGAUCGGCAACCAACAUCUCGUAACUCCUUACCACUUUAUAAUGUAGGACCUACUGAUUACGUAGAGAAUGAUUAUGACUAUGUAUCUGAGCCCACAACUUUGAGACAAGAUUUGGCUCAAGCGUCAGAACCCACAGCUGCCACAGAGCUUCAUUCUGAAACUCCACUGACUCCAUCAACUGACAUUUCACAGAGGAUCAUCCGGCAGGAGCUCAGAGAGAGAACAAACACUUAUAAAACAGAAAUAAGAAAAGAGGAAACCUCCAGCUUUUCCACGUUGACUGAUCGCGCUGUUAGGAGACUGCAUCAGGGGACAACAGUAAACGCUAACCAACACAAUAUUCCAGAGACUCCAAGUCCUCGACAAGAAUCUGGUAGUGGUCAGAAGAGACGGUACAUGGAGAUGGAUGGAAAGAGGCACACAAAGGACGUAACACACACCUCUUUGUCGGAAAAAGAAGAGAAGCAUGCUGUCCAUCAUUCCACCACUUUCAGUGGCCCCACAUCAGCAGGGGCCGUUAAAAUCUCACAAGACCAUACAUCUCAGGCUGCACCUGAACAGAACAUCCUCCCCAAACUGGUAUUCAGCUCUUCUCAGCCUCCCCCUGUGAAUGUAAGAGAGGCCGAGAGUCAACCGUACAGUAGACAGCCCCAAACCCUCUUUAACUACCAGGAUGAAAGGAAAGAAGAGGACAGCAGUCUUCACCCACAGUCAGAAUUGUCUGUUAAGGAGCUGGUGGAAAUGUGUUGUGAAACUGGGGGACAGUGGGCGUCCACACAUGAUGAGUGCAACAGCAUGGUCAAUGCUAGAGAAGACCCCUUUUCCAUCUGUCGUACUGCCCAGAGGCAGUGUUGUGUGGGUUCUCUGAGGGAGAAGCGAUGUCUUGCCGGUCUGACUGCAGCCAGACAGGGCCAGGCUUGUGGGGCAGACAGCAGUGAACCCUGUGGCUCAGACUCCUACAAGGAGUGCUGCGGCUGUUGCUCCCUGGGAUUGCGUUUCCGUAGUGAUGGGCAGCCCUGUGAGGCUCAUCAGUACUUGGCCUAUCCCUGUAACCAUGUCUUCCUUACCUGCUGUGAGGGAGAGGGUGGACAGAACCACAGCGUGAUAAAAGAUAGACCUAGACAACAGCCAGUUACCCCGCCCCAGAGAGUUUCAGACAGUCCUUUCCCUAAAGAGGCCUUCUCCAUCAGCGAUGAUGAGGACUCUGAGAACACAGUUGGAGACCCAGAGGGAACACUGGAUGUGGAUGAAUGCCAGGAGCAUGAUGGGAACUUAUGUCAACAUCAGUGCAUCAACACCUAUGGCUCCUACAUGUGUGUCUGUUUCUCAGGAUACGUGCUUCAGCCAGAUGGGAAACACUGUGCACCAGAAACUCCUGAUGAUGAAAACAGACUGAAAGAACAUGAUUUGCCUGCUAUUGGUCCCACAGCUACCCCUUUGCCCAGCACUCAAACACCUCUCCAUCAAGACCCAUGUGAGGGAAAUGGCCCCUGCAAGCAUCGCUGCACCCCUGUGGACGGGCAGCCCCACUGUUCCUGUUACCAUGGGUUCUCACUGAUGGCAGAUGGACACUCGUGUGACGACAUUGAUGAGUGUCUGACUGAUACUCACACAUGCCAGAUGAAUGAGAGAUGUGUCAACACAUUUGGAGAUUUUGUUUGUGAGACACAGAUUGUCUGUCCUGCAGGAUACCAGUUGAACAACAACAUCUGUGAAGAUAUUAAUGAAUGUUCCCUGGGUACUCACAACUGUGGGAUGAAUUUUGAAUGCCACAACAUAGUUGGGUCGUUCAGCUGCAGACCCAAACCAAGAUGUUCUGCUGGUUUCACUCAGGACAUGCAAGGACACUGUGUUGAUAUUGAUGAAUGCAGAACCAUAGCCCAGCCUUGCAGUCCAGGUUUCAACUGCAUCAACACUGUGGGCUCCUACACCUGUCAGCGUAAAAUAAUUAUAUGUAGCCGAGGCUAUCACGCCAGCCCAGAUGGAUCUAGAUGUAUAGAUAUUGACGAGUGUCAAACAUCUGUCCAUCGGUGUGGAGAGGGACAGAUUUGCCACAACUUACCUGGUACUUACCGUUGUGACUGCCAUGCUGGGUACCAGUAUGAUUCCUACCGAAGGAUGUGUGUGGAUGUGAACGAGUGCUGGCGAUAUCCGGGCAGGCUGUGUGCCCAAACGUGUGAGAACACUCCCGGCUCUUAUCAGUGUUCCUGCACCACUGGCUUCACCCUAUCCAGCGAUGGCAAGAACUGUGAAGAUGUCAACGAGUGCAACGGUCAACCUUGCAGUCAAGAAUGUGCUAAUAUCUAUGGCUCAUACCAGUGUUACUGCACACAGGGCUACUACCUGAGGGAGGAUGGGCACACCUGUGGAGACAUAGAUGAGUGUUCACAGAGCAUUGGAAAUCUGUGUGCCUUCAAGUGUGUGAAUGUCCCGGGCAGUUACCAGUGUGCCUGUCCAGACCACGGUUAUUCUAUAGCCCCCAACGGACGAUCCUGUCGAGAUAUAGAUGAAUGUGCUAUGGGUGCCCAUAACUGCUCUGGAACAGACACCUGUUACAACAUUAACGGAGGGUUCCGCUGCCUCUCCUUCACCUGUCCACAGAACUACCGUAGAGUGUCCGACACACGAUGUGAACGUAUCAGCUGUCCAAACUUCAUUGACUGCCAGAACACCCCUCUGAGAAUCUCCUACUACCAGUUAAGCUUCCAGACCAACAUCAUCGUGCCUGCUCUGAUCUUCCGCAUCGGACCUUCUCCGGCAUUCUCUGGGGACAAUGUCAUCGUCAGCAUUACCAAAGGCAACGAGGAGAACUAUUUCAGCACGCGUAAACUUAAUGCUUACACAGGUGCAGUCUAUCUUCACCGUCAGGUGCGAGAACCCCGAGACUUCAUCAUUGACGUGGAGAUGAAACUGUGGAGACAGGGCACCUUUACUACCUUCUUAGCCAAAAUUUACGUCUUCAUCACAGCCAACAUGUCCUAGGACCAUUUCUCUACACGUUUCAUAUCCAGCAACAAGCUUUAGUGACACAGGAUUUCAGUGACUGGGGUCCUCAGUUACUUUUAAAAAAAAAUCUGCACUGCAUUUUACUAGCAUUCUAGACGUUUUUCAACCUUGCACAAAGAGCAAUCAAUCAAUUGAAUCAUGCUUUGUGGUUCUACGUUACAAGCCAGAUGUCAGACACAUUCCAAGAUUGCAUUCAGAAAAAGAUCAGCCAUUACAUUAGGAUUAGGAUGGUUCUGCAGUCGAAUUUCUGCUUAAAUUUACUAAUAAUCCUCGUAAAAGAAAAAUUAAAUAAAUAAGUAAUAUGGCCCAUUCAGACUGAAGAUAAAUAUUAGUGACUGUAGUAAUGUUUGACCUUGAGUAGUUUAAAUAGUUAAACUCCUGGCCUUCAGUCAGUCUCCAAAUCAUAAAAAAAAUAAAUGUAUCAUGUUUGGAAUCUAAAGUCUUUAAGUUACUGUUGUCUGAAUGUUUAAUGUCAAGAUUCUUUAGAUGCCUACUAGAACAGCAAACACUGAAUUGUUUUAAUUUUUCUUCUUGCCAUAAGUCUACAUGGACUUUUAUGUCAUACAAACCAUAACAAAUGCACAGUCUCACUCAGUGGUUGAUUUGCCCUGCAAAAUGACAUGUUUGUUUCCAGAGAGAUAUGUGUAUGACUUCUCUGGGCAAGCCGAUUUUCUUAACUCAACUGAUUUAACUUAAAAGCAUUUAUAAAAUUCAGCUCCCCUCAAAGCUUUAUGGGUAGAGGUUGACUUUAUGUGUUCAUUAUUAAGACCACAGCUAAGUACUUAAUAGCAUAUGAUUUACCAAAAAGUGUUCAAAUACCCCAUUCUACAGUGUCUUUAGGAAAUAUUAAUGAUGUAAUCUGUCUUUGUGUUGUUGUAACACAUGAAAAAAAUAUCAGACAUAUGCAUAGUAUCAAAGUAAUAUCAGGUAAAUGAUUUGAUGUUCUUACAACAACCCAUAAUUAUAGCUUUACAAAUUUGACAGCUGUAACCUGAAGCAUAACCAAAACACUAUUUAACAUCGCAAAUGACCCUAUAUUUAAUAUGUACUGUAACUAUAUUUCAGAUUUCAAGUGAUGAUGACUGGAUGUAUAAAGUUUUGAGCUAUUUUUCAUAUGCUCUUGAGA